AUGGGAAUAUUCUCACUCCAAGCUCAGUCUCAAUCACCACCACAAUUGCCCGAUAAAACCAAAGCGAGCAUUCUCCUCGGUAAAUACGAACUCGGUCGCCGUCUCGGCAGCGGCAGCUUUGCCAAAGUCCACGUGGCUCGCUCCCUCGAAACCGGCGAGCUCGUGGCCGUCAAAAUCAUCGACAAGAAGAAAACAAUCAGCGCCGGUAUGGAGCCGAGGAUAAUCAGGGAGAUCGAAGCGAUGCGCCGCCUCCAACACCACCCGAACAUCCUGAAGAUCCACGAGGUCAUGGCGACGAAAACCAAGAUCUACCUCGUCAUGGAGCUCGCCACCGGCGGAGAGCUUUUCACCAAAAUCCUCCACAACGGCCGCCUCAACGAAGCCGCGGCGCGUCGCUACUUCCAGCAGCUCGUCUCCGCGCUCAGCUUCUGCCACCGCGACGGGAUCACUCACCGCGACGUGAAGCCGCAGAAUCUCCUCCUGGACGAGGACGAAAACCUAAAGGUCUCCGACUUCGGCCUGGCCGCUCUGCCUGAGCACCGUUGCGUCGACGGACUUCUCCACACGGCUUGCGGCACGCCGGCUUACACAGCGCCGGAGGUAAUCGCUCAGCGAGCUUACGACGGUGCCAAGGCUGAUGCGUGGUCGUGCGGGGUCUUCCUCUUCGUUGUUCUCACAGGUUACGUUCCUUUUGACGACUCGAACCUUGUGGCCAUGUACAGGAAGAUCCAGCGAAGAGACUAUAGGUUUGCGAGCUGGAUCUCGAAGCCUGUGAGAUCCAUCAUUUACAAGCUGCUCGAUCCAAACCCGGCAACGAGGAUGAGUGUGGAAUCUGUGAUGGAGACCACAUGGUUCAAAAGAUGUCUAGAGAUCUCUGAGUUUCAGUCUGGCGCGUUGGAAGCGGAUGAGCGGUUGGCGAAACCGAGCAACGGGAUGGUGACGGCGUUUGAUCUGUUGAUCUCUUUCUCGGCAGGGUUGGAUUUGUCUGGGUUGUUCCAGAGGAAGAAGAGGAAGGAGAAGAGGUUCACGGCCAAAGUUUCAGCUGAGGGUGUUGUUGAUAAGGCGAAGAAGAUAGGGGAGAAGUUAGGGUUUAGAGUGGAGCAGAAGAGAGAGGCGAUGGUUGUGGGGCUGGGAAAAGGAAGAACGACGGUGGUUGUUGAGGCGGUGGACCUGUUGGAAGGGCUGGUUUUGGCGGAGGUGAAGGUGGCGGAAGGGGACGAGGAAGAGGAGGAGGAGUCUCACUGGUCGGAGCUGAUUGUGGAGCUUGAGGAGAUUGUGCUCGCGUGGCACAUUGACGUAUUUGAAGAAGUUGAAAAGAAAAUUGAAAAGGAAGUUGGAAAUGUCGUUGAAAAGGAAGCUGAAGAUGUCGUUGAAAAGGAAGCUGGAGAUGUCGUUGAAAAUGACUUGGCUUAA